AUGACGAUUGAGCAGUCAUUAAAGUUUGAAUUUAGAGCAAGUAAUAAUCAAGUAGAAUAUGAAGCCCUCAUAGCAGGCGUCCAAAGGUUGUACAUAAAAGGAGACUCACAAUUAGUGGUUAAGCAAGUCAAGGGAGAAUAUCAGGUGAAAGAUCCACAACUUUCAAAGUAUUUGGAGAUUGUUCAGAGACUUAUGAUGGCGGUCAAGGAGGUUAGAAUUGAACACAUUCCACGAAGCCAGAAUGAGAGGGCGGACGUUUUGGCAAAAUUGGCUAGCACGGGUCGGUUGGGCAAUUACCAGACAAUGAUACAGGAAACCUUACCGCUUCCAAGUAUUGAUCUAGUUGAGAUAAAAAUGAAAGCAAUAAAAGCAAUAAUAGAAGGGGAAGCCUCAUGGAUGGAACAAAUCAAAGAAUUUCUCAAGAACCCUCCCAAAGACGAAAGCUUGAACACAAGAGAAAGACGAAGGGAAGCCAUUUUUUACACCAUGGUGGGCGAUGAAUUAUAUCGACGAGGAAUCAUGUCGCCAUUGCUCAAAUGUGUGAAUACAAAGGAGGCUCAAGACAUUAUGGCAUAA